UGUCUAUCUGUGUGUGUCUCUCAGUGGCUGUUCCUCCAGGUAUCCCCCACGUGGGAGGGCUCUCUGAAGGAGCUGGCGACAGACACGGACGCUUGGCUCAAGGCGCAGAGGGAGGACGAGUGGCUGAUGCCGCUCUACCGGACUCAGUGGCUCACGAUGCUGAGAGUGGAGCAAGACCUAGACAAGGGGCCGGUUGAGUUGGACUUGGAGGCUUUGGAGAGGCAAAGCUUGCGUUGCGGAAGGAAGCUGAACAAAGACGGUGAAUACUGCUGGAGGUGGACCGGCUAUUCGUUUGGCUUGGACCUGCUGGUCAGCUACUCCAAUCGGCUGUUCAUGUUCAAGAGGAACACCUACACACAGCAGUACAGUGGGGCCGUGAGCCUGGCUCCAACGAGAUCACUCUGUUACAGGUUGAGAGUCAUCUCUUUGGAUGCCGCUGGAAAAAUUCAGUUCCAACAUUCAACCGGUUACCAAACCCUGUCUCUAGAGAAAGACCAGGAGCAGGCCAUUAUGGUGCUGGACUCUAAGCUGGUGACAUUCCCCCUCUUCGUCUGCUGCAAUUUCCUGUACCUCACCCCGCCCGUUCCCUCAGGGCAUCAAGGCCAGUCACAAGCCCUAGGGGCAUUUCAGUAACUCCACUGAGUUGUGUACAGAGACACACACAGGGACACACACAGAUACACAUGGAUACAUACAGAUAGACACAAACACACAGCUACACACACACAGAUACAUGCAGACACACAGAUACACACACACAUAUAUACACACA